UUAAUUGAAUUAGCAAAUAAAUAAAUAAAUAAAUGCUGGAGUUUCGUUUGUUACCAUGAGCUGUUUCUGGGGAAUAGAAAGUGAAAGAAAGACUGCUUCGUAUAAAAGGUAUCUGAAGAAGUGUGCAUGCACACGAAAGCUCAUACCUAUGGCAAACUUAGUUGGUCUCUAAGGUGCUACUGGAAGGAUUUUAUUUUUAUUUUGACUGCGUCAGAGACCAACACGGCUACCUACCUGCAACUCAUAUAAAAGAAGCAACAAGCCCAGAUGCUGGAAGCACAGCAAGAUGGAUCAACAGAUGCCGACAGGGAGAGGUCCAUCAGUCAGAGGCAACAACCAUAGGUGGCAACUGGAACCAGGUGUGUUUUGGCGGAAUUACACCCCUAUGGGACGACCGGAGCGUACUCAUCUCCUGUAUGAAAUCCGCUGGGGACAAAGUCACAGGUGCUGGAGAAACUGGUGUACAAGCGACAGCACCCACCAUGCUGAAAUCAACUUUUUGGAAAAUGCCUGCAAGGAGAUAGACCGCCGGGCAACCACCCCAUGCACUGUCACUUGGUUUCUAACAUGGAGUCCUUGUGGUAAAUGUAGUCAACGUAUAAAGCAGUUCUUGCAGGAACACCCAAAGGUGACCCUGGAGAUACGUGCUGCACAAUUAUUCAGUCAUAAUUCCAGGUUCAAUCGGAAUGGCCUCAGGGACUUGGCUUGUUUUGGAGUCCGGAUAUAUAUCAUGCAGCUGCCUGAUUAUUCAUAUUGCUGGAGAACAUUUGUGGCUCACCAAAGGAAUGAAGAAUACUUUUGGCCUCCGUGGCAUUUCUUGCCUUGGAUACAGUUUUAUUCCCGACAACUCUACUCCAUCCUCAGGUCUUUCUGAGUUAUCCCAGGUGCUAUGGACCAUCACCUUCUGCUGUCAUCAGAGGAUCUGUGAUCUCCUUAACAGCAGAAAGUUCUGAUGAUUCUUUUGCCAAGCCUUAAAUAGCUGCGUAUUUCAUGGGCAAACUAGGUGCGAUAAUAAACACAUUUAUACAGACAUUGAACAACGACGGGCCCAGGACAGCACCCCACUUGUCACUUUUUUCCAGGAUGACAAGGAAGCAUUCAUGAGCAGUCUUUGGGUUCGGCCAGUCAACCAGCUACAAAUCCACCUAACAGUUACCUCGUUCAACCCAAGUUUUACAAGCUGCCUCGCAAGAAUAUCAUGCGGGGUUUUGUCAAAAGCCUUACUGAAAUCAAGAUACACUAUGUCCACAGCAUUCCCCUGAUCCACCAUGCUUGUAACUCUGUCAAAAAAAAAAGAUAUGACAGUCGUCUGGUAUGGCUUGUUUUUGAGAAACCCAUGCUGGGUCUUAGUAAUCACAGCAUCCUUUUCUAAGUGCUCACAGACUGAUUGCCGAAUUAUCUUUUUCUAGGACAUUUUCUGGUAUUGAUGUCAAGCUCAAAUUUGUGGAAGACAAGGCAUUCAUUGGCUACUAGGCAAUAUAUCCUUGUUCAACCUCCUCCGUCAGAGGCAGUAUGCCUCUGAAUUGCAGUUGCUGGGAAUUACCAGUUGGGAGUGGGCUGUUGCUCUCAUGUUCUGCUUGCCUGAGUGCCAUCUGGCUGGCCACUGUGAGAAUAGGAUGCUGGAGUGGAUUGGCCUUUGGCCUGAUCCAGCACAGCUCUUCUAAUGUUCUCAUGAAGGUAACCUCUGAAAAUCACUGUUAGGCACAAUUAACUUCCCUUUCAAGGGCAAUACCGUGUUCUCCCGAAAAUAAGACACUGUCUUAUAUUUAUUUUUCCUCAAGAAGACACACUAUGGCUUGUUUUCAGGGGGUGUCUUAUUUUUUAAUUACACGUCCAGCCUCUCCUCUUCCUUGGCGCCCUCCAGAACUGCACCUAUCACUAUGUCUUGUUUUCGGGGCAUGGCUUAUAUUGCGCAAAUGCUUAGAAAUCCUGCUACGGCUUAUUUUAUGGGUAUGUCUUAUUUACGGGGCAACAGGGUAGCAACUGCAGAGUGUGGAAUGGGUUCUUCAGAUCACAGCAGGACAGUAGGAUAAAACCUCCCCUACCUGCUUGCCUGCAGCAGUCCCAAUUAAAAUUGCCCCCCGGGCCUGCAAUUAAUUUUAAAAUGGACAUUGAUACGAUUUAAAAUACCGUAAUGUGUUUAGCAUCUCGUUUGUCCACUUGUAUCUUCAAAUGAUUGUUAUGCUUUUUAAUGUUAGGAAUUAUUUUUAUGAUGUAUGCACUUAAUGCACUCCUGAUUUUUCUGUGUCCUCUAGUCCAGCGUUUCUCAACCGCUGUUCCGCGGCACACUAGUGUGCCCCGAGACGCUGGCUGGUGUGCCGCGACGUGCGGCGACGAGAAGGGCGAUUUGCAUUGUCACAUGCCUGGCGGCUGCCAAUGCACAGCAAUAACCUGCCGGAAAGCAAUAUUUCUCCUCCUCUUUCCCAAAGCUCAGUGCAAACGAGCCUGGCGGCCGCCAAUGCACAACACUGACCCGCCGGAAAGCAAUAUUUGGCAAGUGUUUCUUACAGUCAUAAUUAUAAUAUAGGGCGGCACAGAGUUAAAUUUUUAAACUUUUUUAAUGGUGGU